UCGUCAACAACUUGACUUCUCGCUCGACAGAUCGCACGACGUACUAUCACUUUUUCUUCUUCCAGUCAUACGAAGUUUAGUGCGCAAGAUAGACGUUGUCGCGCUGAAACGAACAGCAGACUGAUCAACGCGCAUCAACAGCCGAGUGUAUUGACUCGAUAGAAUUAAAUAACAAAAAAACGUCAGGAUUCGUAGACUGGUCUUUUAAUCUUCUUUUUUUAGCGAUCGUAAGUAUUUUUCAUUGUGAGUUCAGACUUGCAGUAGAGUAGCAAAAUGCACAAGUUGACGUUGACAAAAGACACGGGCCGAUUAACUCUUGGCCAAAGGCAGUUUUACGAGUUGAAUGGGUUUUUGGUGAUCCCCCGAAUCGUUUCGCUAGAUAUUCUCGAUAAAUGUAGCAAAAGAUUUGACGAUUACGCUAGCGGAAAGGUAGACAAAGGCUACACUACUGUGAUGCGUGACAUAGUAGAUCGUAAAUCCGUAAAUAAGAUACAAGAUAUUUUGCACGAUGACGUUUUCCGCGAGUACUUUGAAAAUAAGGACCUUUUGGACAUUGUCGAAACUUUCACUGGACCAAAUAUAGUAGCGGUGCACAGUAUGCUCAUCGCCAAGCCACCCGAUGCAGGCGCUGGUAGUUCCAGGCAUCCUCCCCAUCAGGAUCUAUAUUACUUCCCAUUCCGUCCCGCUGAUCGUAUUGUAGCCGCUUGGACUGCUAUUGAAAAGUGUGAUAAACAAAACGGAUGUCUCCAUGUAUUCCCUGGAUCUCAUCGUUCUUAUGAUUUGCAAGCUCAUGGCUAUCCUAAGAACACGGUGAAUAAAAUGUACCAUGGUAUUCAGGAUCUACCGGAGACAGUCAAGUGGAUUGAUGUUGAAAUGGAACCUGGUGACACAGUUUUCUUCCACCCACUGCUUAUCCAUGGCUCGUGGAAGAAUCUUUCAAAUCGGACCAGAAAGGCUAUUUCAUGCCAUUAUGCUGCUGCCGAGUGCGAAUAUAUCAACGUAGAUGGCACAUUGCAAGAAAGCAUAAAGAAUGAAGUGUUGAACGUAGCUAAAAAACGUUUUGGAAUAGAUGUUGACUUUGCCGAUACUUGGCGAUUGCGAUCGGCUUUAGUACGAGGUGUUCGCUCAUCCCUAUAAACAAAAAAAAUUAAUGCAUUUCAUAUGUAAUCGAUUUUUGUAAUAAUUAAAUAAUAAUAAAUAAAUGCAAAAUAUGCGAUAUUUUUAUACGCAAAAUAUUCGUAUAAAAUGAAAAAAGAUGGGUGUUGGGUGAACGCAUUUUUAUAGUCCAAAAGACUACAUUCUGUUUAUCGAAACUCUGUUCGUAGUUGUUCUUAUACGUCAUCUUUUAAAAUUUUGACUUUACCACGUUUGUAAAUUAUAUACAUACUUUAACAUGUUUGUAAAUUUUGGCGAUUGCGUACAUAUUUUUGUAUUGAUAAGUUUUACUUUGUGACAAUAUUUCGUGGUAUGUCAGAAACAAAUAAACUUCUUUAAUUUUCGU